GUCACAUGAUUUCAGCGUCUCUUCCGCCUUCUGAAGUUGGGACUGCGUGAGAAGCUAUGAGGAGCGCCGUGCUCCUCCUGAGCCUACUUCUGACAGCAGCUCCGUUUGGCCUUAUGGGGGAGGAGACCCGCCAGGUGUCUCUGAAGGUCAUCUCUGACUGGCUGGACCCUUCCCAGAACCUGCUUCAUAUCUGGGCAGUGGGUGCCACUUCCACCCUGCACUAUGUGUGGAGCAGCCUGGGACCCCCAGCCGUGCUGCUGGUGGCCACCAACACCCCCAACAGCACCCUGAGUGUCAACUGGAGCCUCCUGAUUUCCUCUGAGCCUGACGGGGGUCUCAUGGUGCUCCCCAAGGAGAGCAUUCAAUUUUCUUCUGCCGUCGUCUUUACCAGGCUGUUUGAGUUUGACAGCACCGACACAGCCGAUGCAGCCGCAAAGCCUCCAGGAAAAUCAUAUCCUCCAUACUCCUUGGCCGAUUUCUCCUGGGACAACAUCACUGACUCACUGGAUCCUGCCACCCUGAGCGCCACAUUUCGAGGCCACCCCAUUCACGACCCCACUGGGGCUUUUGCCAGUGGCAGCCUGGCCUUCAGGGUUCAGGCCUUCUCCGGAUCUGGCCGACCAGCCCAACCCCCUCGCCUCCUGCACACAGCGGACACCUGCCAGCUAGAGGUGGACCUGGUUGGGGCCUCUCCCCGGGGAAACCACUCCUUGUUUGGGCUGGAAGUAGCCACGUUGGGCCAUGGCCCUGACUGCCCCUCAGUGCAGGAGCAGCACUCCAUCGAUGAUGAAUAUGCACCUGCCGUCUUCCAGUUGGACCAGCUGCUAUGGGGCUCCCUCCCAUCAGGCUUCAUGCAGUGGCGACCAGUGGCUUUCUCUCAGAAGCAGGGGGGCCGGGAAUCAGCCAUGCCCUGCCAAGCUUCCCCUCUUUACCCCACCUUGGCAUACCUUCUCCCCCAGUCACCCAUUGUCCGAGCCUUCUUUGGGUCCCAGAACAACUUCUGUGCCUUCAAUCUGACAUUUGGGACUUCCACAGGCCCUGGCUACUGGGACAAACACUACCUCAGCUGGUCCAUGCUCCUGGGUGUGGGCACCCCUCCAGUAGAUGCCUUGUCCUCGCUAGUCCUAGGCAUCAUGGCAGUGGCCCUGGGUGCUCCAGCGCUCGUGCUGCUGGCAGGAGGCGUGUUUCUGCUGCUGGGCCACAAGCGGUACUCAGAAUAUCAGCCUAUAAACUGAGGCCUGCUCUCUAGAGGGAAGGACAUUACUGGAACUGCCUUGCUGGUCUGCAGGUUUGAGGGUCAGUAUUCCUAGCCAGCUGCUCCCUUUUCGCAUCUUGCUUUUCUGCAGAACCUCAGAGACCAGCCUCAACUUCCUGCGGACCCAGGUGGGGCUUCCUUCAAACUUUGAGGAGGGACCAGGGACAGAGUGAUUGCUAGAGGGAGGGUCCCCUCCUCGUUGCCUCCCCGCCCCUCCACCCCCCCAUUUCCCUUGAAUGGGACUCACAGGCCUAAAUGAGAGGCCUUCUGACUUGUCUGCUACACUGGAGGGCAUGAAAUAGACUAAGUUUUUCCCCAGG